AUGGCCAACAUACCACGGCUGAGGGCUGUUCUAAAGAUCCGAGAAGUCAGCCCCAGGCUGUCACCCACCCUCUCCCCCUGUCUCUGCCCUGUGUCUGACUCCCCCUCAGCCAGCCCCAGGCUGUCACCCACCCUCUCCCCCUGUCUCUGCCCUGUGUCUGACUCCCCCUCAGCCAGCCCCAGGCUGUCAGACGGUGUUCUCUCCUGUCUCAAAGGUCAGACGGUGUUCUCUCCUGUCUCAAAGGUCAGACGGUGUUCUCUCCUGUCUCAAAGGUCAGACGGUGUUCUCUCCUGUCUCAAAGGUCAGACGGUGUUCUCUCCUGUCUCAAAGGUCAGACGGUGUUCUCUCCUGUCUCAAAGGUCAGACGGUGUUCUCUCCUGUCUCAAAGGUCAGACGGUGUUCUCUCCUGUCUCAAAGGUCAGACGGUGUUCUCUCCUGUCUCAAAGGUCAGACGGUGUUCUCUCCUGUCUCAAAGGUCAGACGGUGUUCUCUCCUGUCUCAAAGGUCAGACGGUGUUCUCUCCUGUCUCAAAGGUCAGACGGUGUUCUCUCCUGUCUCAAAGGUCAGACGGUGUUCUCUCCUGUCUCAAAGGUCAGACGGUGUUCUCUCCUGUCUAAAAGGUCAGACAGUGUUCUCUCCUCUCAAAGGUCAGACAGUGUUCUCUCCUCUCUCAAAGGUCAGACAGUGUUCUUUCCUCUCUCAAAGGUCAGACGGAGUUCUCUCCUGUCUCCUCAGUUCUCUCCUGUCUCCUCAGUUCUCUCCUGUCUCCUCAGUUCUCUCCUGUCUCCUCAGUUCACCCUGGAGCACGGUGUUCUCUCCUGUCUCCUCAGUUCACCCUGGAGCACGGUGUUCUCUCCUGUCUCCUCAGUUCUCUCCUGUCUCCUCAGUUCUCUCCUGUCUCCUCAGUUCACCCUGGAGCACGGUGUUCUCUCCUGUCUCCUCAGUUCUCUCCUGUCUCCUCAGUUCUCUCCUGUCUCCUCAGUUCACCCUGGAGCACGGUGUUCUCUCCUGUCUCCUCAGUUCUCUCCUGUCUCCUCAGUUCUCUCCUGUCUCCUCAGUUCACCCUGGAGCACGGUGUUCUCUCCUGUCUCCUCAGUUCUCUCCUGUCUCCUCAGUUCACCCUGGAGCACGGAGUUCUCUCCUGUCUCCUCAGUUCUCUCCUGUCUCCUCAGUUCACCCUGGAGCACGGAGUUCUCUCCUGUCUCCUCAGUUCACCCUGGAGCACGGAGUUCUCUCCUGUCUCCUCAGUUCACCCUGGAGCACGGAGUUCUCUCCUGUCUCCUCAGUUCACCCUGGAGCACGGAGUUCUCUCCUUUCACCCUGGAGCACGGUGUUCUCUCCUGUCUCCUCAGUUCACCCUGGAGCACAGUGUUCAUACAGAGGUACACAAGUCUACGAGCCUAG